GAAAUAUAGGGAAUACAAGUGAAAAUAGUUUAUUUGUAAAAGUAGUACAUUACCAAUUUAGUUAAAAAAACUGUUCAGGAUUUAUUUAUUUAUUUAAAAAUGUGGAUUUAUUGUUGACGCAUAAUAUAGUGUUAAUUUUGUGUUUGUGACAGUUUAAUUAUAAAGGUAGUGAGAUUGUAUUUCUUUAUUGUUGACACAUUCAUAAUAUCUAGUAUUGAUAACAACUCCUCAAGAAAUGGUUGUUGGAAUAAAUAAAAGUGCUCAAUAUGAUUGUCAGAAAGCAUUAGAAGCCGAUAACAAUCAAACCAGCAGCAUGGAUUGGAACAGAGGAGGAUCACAUUGUAUCAUGAAUGUUGGGGUUAACAGCAUGUGUAGUAACCUUGGUUACUUAGAAGAUGGGGAAUAUAUCACAUCUGAUGAUUGUGAAGAUACAUUGAUAGAACUUUUAAAGAACCUUCAAGAAGAGAACCCCAUACAGAGAGCAUACAGGAGGCAACUAUGUUUCUCCAGAAUCAUAGAACUGGAUAUCAUUCCAUUGAUAAAGUAUGUCAGAGACCAACCAGAGAUAUUCAGUGCUGCAAUAAGAUUACUUGCCUCACUGAUCCAACCAGUUGAAUGCCUGAUUUUGGGUAUACCUGUUGAUGUUACAUUGCCAUGGGUUCCUGACGUGAAGAGAAUGCUAUUUACUACAAGAAAGCUGUGCAAUGAUAAAGACUUGAUUCAAGCUAUUGUCACAGAGAUUAUGACAGUUAUAACUGAUCAUGAUGGACAACCAAUGCCAGAAGAAACCUGCGACUUUAUCAACAAGUGUCUCCUAGUGUUCAGAAACUUGUUGUACAUACAAAACAUUGAAACCAAUCCUAACCAGGAGAUUAUAGUACUCUAUUUGCUUGAGAGUGGUUUAGGUGAACUUAUAAACCGAAUAGUUACCCUACCCCAAAGAGAAUAUUGGUGUUCUUCAAUCAUACAGUUAGUAUCCCUGAUGUAUACAAGACAGACACUGGAUAUCCUGAAACCCUGUCUGAGCAUUGAUACAUCUGAUGAAGAAAGUUUGUCAGAUUAUGAGGACAGAGAGCAUGACUUUCUUCCAACGACAGCUAUGUGUUACAACGACGAAGAUGAUAAAACUUCUUACACAGCCACAUGUUCAUUGCCGGGAUUAUUUGGCAAAACACUUCAUAUGGACGAAUCUGGUGUGACUGAUCUAGAUACUGGACAGAUUGAGAGUUCAGAGGUUAACGGUGAUCAGAAAAACACAGAGGAGGACAUGCUCACUGAAGAUUUAUCUGAGGAAAAUAAAAUUGAACAUUUAAGGUCACUCCUGUUGCAGUUUACAAAUGAUUUUAUUAUUAACUGUUUUGGAUUUUUGGUACACGACUUGAAGAAUGUUUUGAUCUCAGAUGUGAAGGAUAAUUUAGAUGAAACAUACUUCUUGUGGGCAAUGGCAUUUUUCUUAAAAAUAGCUAGAAAAGAAAAUUUACCAUUUAAAGUCAUAAGGUUGGUUUUGAAGACAGAGUUGUUUGGUUUUCUGACAUAUCAAGGAGUGGUAUUGACAGAACAACUUCUGAUAGCACAGAAAAAGAAAAAUAAUCUCACUAACAAUAUAAGAAGGCUUCAUCUGACUAUUACUGCACUUAAUGAAAUAUUGAAGACUUUGUUAAAGUGUUCAUCAGAUGAAACAUUAGAGGACUAUGACAAGGAAUAUUUAGUGGGAUUACAGAAGGACCUUGCUAAUGUGACGGAGCUUAGAAUGGUGUUUUUCCUACUUAUCAGACAUUAUCAAUCCAAAGAUACAAGUUUGUGUUUCCUAGAGGACUUGAUCAGUACAAAUCAUACAUAUCUAUCAUUGUUAGAUUCCUGGGACAGGAAAGGAUGGGUUAUUGACAGCUUUAACAUGAUGGAGCAUAUUAAAUUAUAUGCAAAUCGUAACAUCAUGCAGUAUUAUGGUACAAUGCUUGAGAACUUUGAGAAUAACCGAUCUGUGGUGAAUCUGUAUGUGUUUACAAUGAUGCACCAUAUAGCUGGAGACUGUGAGAAACCUGAGGUAUUGAUGCAGAUGCCUAUUAUACAAGCUUUGAUGGAAAUUGAUGGUAGCAAAAACUGCAUGACAAAGGAGAUGAAAGACUUGAAGGAGUUUUUGUUAAACAGAUUUGACAAUCUGACCAAAACUGACCCAUAUGCAGCUGCUAUGGAAUUGUAUGGUAUUCAGGAAAAUAAAGAUCAAAUUAUGGAAGAAAGUGUUGAAGAUACCAGUGGACCAACAGAUUCUGCCGAGGUGGAUGAUAUGUUGUUUGCAUUAUAUACAGAAUUACAGAACACCAGAGACAUGGUUGAUACAAUGGUAGACAGAUUUGCUGAUAUAGGAAUCACCAUCAAUGCACAACAGGUUUGGUCCAGACUUUAUGACAAUGGUUUGAUAGAUGAUACUGAAUACUUUGCAAAUAAGAAAUUAGUGACCGUCAAAGAUGAAAUAGAGAGUAAACUGUUGGACAGUGAAGAUAAGGAUGUGAUACAGUGGUGUGUUAAUGCUCUUAAAGAGAAAAAACAGGACGAGAAUCUCAAAUGGAUCCAAACAUUACUAUGUGAAACUGCAUACGUUAGACUUGGGAAACAGUGUGAAAGAAAUCUUCAUUGUCAAGAACCAGUGACAAUGUUUCAUGUUGUAAAAGGAAGUUCUGUUCCCUUGGUGAUAUAUAAAGAGGAACAAGAGCCAAUAUUACAUGAUGAACACUUUACUGUACUCUUACACUACCUUGGAUUUCAUACACCACAGGAUGUUGACAUGAUAUUCCCCAGAAUUCCAAGUUUCUGGACAUCAGAGCAGCUAAUUCAACAAGCAGAAAAACUGGGACCAAUUAGUUCAGAUAUUCUAAAGUUUGAUCCAACAUCUGUGAAAUAUGAAGAUGAACAGUUUACAUUCUCUACCAGACAGAACGAAACCAUAUACAGUAAUUCCAAAGAGAUAUCAGUACACCGUCCAAUGACAGGUGGAGGAGACAACAACAUCUUCUGGCUCAAACAGAUUCAACAGUACAACCAAACCAAGCAAAGGACAACUUCAAACUAUGGUGAAUGAGAGAUACCACACAACGACUUAUUGGAGGAGAACUAUAUGAUGUAACCUUAAGCUGAUAAUAAAGAUCAGUUACUAAGUGUUGUGCAAUGUGAACUUUUUCUUCUUUUGACAAUCAUGGCAAUGGAGGCAUUAUCCAUUUGUAUAUUCUGACAACGCAGGAAAAUGUUAAAAUGAUGUACUGGCAGUAUCAAGUGUUCAAGACAAAGAAAAUGAAAAAUACAAUUUGUAAACAAACUGAAUCAAAUAAUUAUCAUCAUGUUGUUAAUUUUAUUUUUCACUGUAGUGAAUUUAGCAUUUAAAUGUUACCUUAUGUUUAUUUAUGAUUGUUAGAGAAAGCAAUUGCUACUUCAAUCUUUCUAUGUGUGAUCAUUUGACUGGAACUCAGGAGUACAAUGUAAUUGUUUUAACCAUUGAUGUAGUUAGGCUAGAAUUAACCAGAUAUUUGUUGUCAAGUGGAGUAAUAUAUAUAAAAAAGAUUUUAAUCAGGAAAACUAAAGUACAGGCUAAAAUUGCUCAAGUCUUUAUAAUUAAAUGUUUUAAUUCGAGUAAUAUAGUUGUAAAAGAUUAGUUCUUUGUUGUUUGCUUAAAACUUAGUAGCCAAAUUAAAUAACAUGAAUAUUGAUGAGGAUUUUCUAAAAAGUCCAUUUACUCUUCACAUGAUAAUAUGAGAUAUGAGUAGUAAAAAAUAUGACACCUGUGAUGGAAAUGUGAUUUAAUAGUAAUUUUAAGAACUAGAUCUAACUCCUCUUGCAGAUCCUAUUCCAUCAGUAUGUUUUAUGAGAUGAUUAUGAAGGGAAUUGAGACAGGAAAAUAGAAAAUCUGGUUUGAAACAAAAAUUUGAUGGGUGCUAUAUGCUAUGAACUAAGACAUAUUCAUGACAAUAGGAAUUAUCUUCACGAUGGUCUUGAAAAAAAUUAAACAAUUACUGACAAAAUUAAGUAUUUCUGAAAUAAGUUUCUGCAUAUUUUGUAAUUUCUUAUCAAAAUUUAAAAGUCUAAACAUUGUGAUAUUUAUACAUUCCUGACAUUUCAUCUCUUUUGGAAUUUUCCCUCCCCGGACUGCAGUACAGAGGACAUAUAAUUACUGGGCACCAUCUGUUUGUCUGUGUUAACAUCUGAGAGAUUCAUAAUUACUUUUUCACAUUUUGAGUUCAAGGGGCCAUAAAAUAACCCUUUCUUUUAAUUUUAGUCAGAUUUUUUUAGCAUAUGUUUUAACAAUACUUUUUUAUGUGAUCACAUGUUGAUAAGUUAAUUUUAUUUUUUAUACUGUAGAACUUUUACUUUUUUAAAAGUAUAUUAAGAUUUCAACAGAGUUUCAACCGAUUAUUUUUUUUAACCUUACUUGUACUAGUGCAAUAUUUACUUAUAUAUAUAUAAAAGGUAUUCUUAAGAAAAAAAUCAGGUUUAUUCAAUUUCAUAUUCGAACAAUUCAUAUUUUACUGUUCAGUUUAUUGAUCGAGUAAAUAAAUGUUUUGCAAACACUGAAUUUUCUCUUGUUUUCUGUAAAGUGGUUAAAUUUCAUGGAUAAUAAUGGAGAUGGGACAAUAAACCCAAAUAUGGCCCUAAAUUUAGUGUAAAUAUUCAAGUUAUCUACAUGAUGAAAUAAUAAAUUUGCCCUGGGAUCACUUUAUUAUGUAAUAGGUGUUCUGGGAUUGAAAACAAAUUUCACACAUUGCUAUAGCAGUAGACAGUUAUGAAACUUUAUUUUCCUUCAUUUGUAUGAACUUAAAAGUUAUUUUGGACUAAACUAGUAAGAUCUUACCAAAAUAACGACCUUUAAAAUAACUAUUAAAGACGCUGAUACAAUUUUGCUGCAGACAAAUAUUUCACCAGGAAAUAUGAACUGACAAGUGCAUGACAUCUUCAUUUUUGUGAAUUAUGUGUAUAUUUUUAUGUAACAAUGUCAUCAAAUGUUUGUAAAUAUUUUCUUAUUCAUAUAUAUAUAUUUCUUAUUUCAUGGAUACCUCUGUAUGAUGAGCAAAUAAGAAGUAGAUCCCAAAAACUAAUAUUUUUGGGGCCAAAUAUGGGCUUAAUAGUCUAUUUUCAAAUGAUCUGACAUUUGACCCUUGAUUUUAUAAUUUUUGACAGGUUACGUUUUCUAUCGUAGGACAUCCUGGUAACCGUCAAGUAAGAGCAACUUAAAAAAGUAAAAUCAAGCGAACUAACUGCCAAUUUUUGGAGAAAAUUGACUGUAUUAUGUUUUCUAUACAAGACAAUAUUAUCAGACGAAAAACAGUAAACAUUCCACCCAAAUUGCACAAUUACAUGUUUGAUUUUACUUUUUCCAGUUACUUUUACUUAACCAAGUAUUAGGAUGUCUAACCACAUAGAAGGUGUCGAAAUAUGAAAAUCCUGUGUCAUAAGUGGGUUAUUUGAAAAUGGUCUAAUACUCUGCUCCUAUGGUAAUAUUUUUGACCAAACCAAACCUGUUCAUAGGGAUUUGUCUUCUUGCUAUUUUAUAAUUUAUAACCAAAAGUAGAGAACAUAAACUUGUCUUGAAGAAAAUUUCCCACUUUACAGCAUACCCGAGAUGUUUACUGUUGAUAUUUGUUGUAAUUAAAACUAAUAAAUAUAUUACUAAUAA